GCCAGUCGGCAAAACUGUCGCAAAAGUCGCUGUGCGAAUGCGCUGCUAACUGACUGACUGGCAACUAGUUGGAGGACUUGGACGCGGACGCCUCGCGAGCUCGUAAAGUCACCGGGCGCCGAACGCGAUGGAGGUGGACAAGAUGGACGAGAACGACUGGCGGUACCACGGCGAGGGCAACAAGAGCCUGGUGGUCUCCCACGUACAGCUGUCCAAAGUUCUGCGCCUGCUCAAGUAUCCCGCCGAGGACUCCGAAAACCCGCCGCAGACGGCCGAGCAGGCCUUCAGGCAGAUCCAGAACAUCGUGGACUUCAGCUCCAACGUGAUGAGCGGCCUGCUGGGCGACAAGUUCGUCCACAGCGGAGAAGUGGUCAAGCUGCCGAUGGAGUUCUUGCGUCAGCUGUCAAUCAAAGUUCAACAUCAGCGGCCCGCGUGGCGGCGCGACAAAGUGAUGGACAUCUACAGCGGCUGCGCCCUCUGCCUGCCCAACCUGACCUCGCCCGCCCCCCCGCUGCGCUCGCACACGCCGCCGCUCUGCGUGGAAAUCAAGCCCAAGUGCGGCUUCCUGCCGUCCGCCGAUCACAUCGGCAGAGACGUCAAGAGCAAAGUGUGUCGCUUCUGCAUGCACCAACACUACAAGGUGGCCAACGGGCGCUGGAAGAGACGCAGCCUGUACUGCCCUCUGGACUUGUUCUCGGGGAGCGGACAGAGGAUGCACUUUGCCGUCCGGCAGCUCAUAGAAGAACCGCAGAACAACUUCAAAAUCUUUAAGGGGGGUCAGUGUAUAUACAGCGGCCACGGCGGCUGCAGCGAGGACUCGUCGGACCUGAACUCACUGCUGUACCACCUCCGACCUUACUUCCUGUACAGCAACAACCGCAUCCACACUCACGUGAGCGGCAAAGCCGUCCUCGGCGACUUCAUCCAGGUGCUGGUGAACGCCCUGCUGAACGGCGGCGGCGGCGUAGGAGGCGGCGGGGUCGUGACGGACCGACGGGAAGAGGCUCGGAGUUUCUGCGAGGCCAGUCGCUUCAACAAGGAGAGAAGUCGACACGAUGUUGUGCGGCACCUUCGUUACGGUGACACUGACUCAGUCCCGGUGACAUCGCAUCACUUCGCCCGUCCGCUUUCGUGCAGGCUCUCACGGUUUACCCGGCGACAGCGUUCUGUCCCGCAUCCUCCAGACGCAAAUGUUGGACAACUUGAACAUCGAAGGCCUUUAUCCCCUCUAUCGCCGAGUGGAGCAACACCUGCGCAAAUUCCCAAAAGAGAGAAGUCGUCUGCAGGCGGACGGUCCCUACAACGAGGCGUUUCUCGAGCGUCUGCGCAAAUGUCCCGCCGAGGACGACGGCUCGCUGGACUUUGCCGUGUCCAAGGUGCAUCAGUACCGCGUCGCCAUGACGGCCAAGGACUGCUCCAUCAUGGUCGCCCUCGUGCCCUGCGGCGACGACCUCCAAGACGACGACGAUGUUUUGUGCGGUCAGCGUCGCCUGCGGGACUUCCUGUCGUCCAGACCGCCCACCUUCUCCUGCUCGGUGUCCAUCCUGGACCUGGACCCCAAGCCCUUGGACAGCAUCCCGCUGCAGCUGGGCCUGGACCACAAGAUCGUGUCGUGCUACACCAGGACGCUCUCGGCCGCUCAGGCCGACCGAGACGACUGCACCACGCUGCUCUUCAGGCCCGUCUGACGCCCGAGCGGGUGCCGUCGCCUUUGUUGCGCGACGCGGAAGCCGCUUCCUGCUCUCUUCUGCCUUCACUUUCUGUUUGUUUUGACUUCGGAAGGUCGGGUGGCAAGUUUGUCUCCUUGAAUGGACGGCGCCCGGUUCCCUGGCAACCGUUUUGGCCGUCUCCGUGUCGACGCUGCUUACCUGGAUAGUGCCAAGAGAGGCGGGUAAUGAUGAUGUCAUUUCCUGAAUGUAUGCGGGACCUUUGCCAACCUACUGAGGAACUGGAACUCCUUUUUAUUUGGACUAAGAUAAGCACGCGUGUGUGUGAGUGUGUGUGUGUGUAUACGUGCAUGUAUGUCUGCGUGUGAGCCCCUUUCACGUAGAGAUCCUACAUUGUGGUCCUGAGCCUGUUUCACACAGAUUUUGCAUUAGAGCCUUGGAGGGCGUGGGGGGGGGAUUGUUGCAAUGAGGCAGUUUCACACACGAGGUGUGCAUCAGAGCUGGAACUUUGUCCUGUUUCACACAGAGCUUCUAUGUUAGGGCCUUAAACAAAUGAAUAACAUUGUCAUCAGUUUCACACUGAGGUGUAUAAUUGGAACCGAAGCAUUGUUGUCACGAGCCUGUUUCAUAAAAAGAUUCCGUGUAAUGGCUCUAAAAAAAAAUAAAAAUAAAUAAUAAUUCUCGUCACACGUGCCGGAUAGGAGCCAGAAUCAAUCCAACAUUUAUCCGUAUUCCAAACAAGCCAGCAAAGCCGGAUAUUGUUACAACUGUGCGCACUUUCACACAGGCACACGGCACCCGGUAAUCAGAUAAUUAAAGGGUGACAGUGAUAAAGGCUUUCAAUUCAACAGGGCAGGAGCACCCGACUUGUCGAAACUACCAAUCUCGGUGGAAGAUUCUGUGCCGCUGCCGUUCACACAGAACCCAGCAAAGACUCGAUUAGGGAAGAUGUCGGACAGCGGCAAUUUGGUGGGAGAUGUGAGCGUCUGGUGUUAAACUUCACACCUCGGACUUUGUUCCCCUUCACGCACGGUGCUCAUACCACAUUUUUUUGCCUUCAAAUCUGCCGUUUACAUGAAGAAACGGCACCCUGGGGCGGUAAUAUUCCGACUUGUGCGAAAGGGGGUUACUGUGAUGUCAUUUCCUGUGAGUGUCCCAUCUGCUUAUUGGCUGGCGCGCGUGUGCGUGUGUGAAAUGGUUACAAUGUGAAAUCCUCAGCUCGGAGAUGCGUUCAGGGCCUCUAUGAAAAAGUUUGCCGGGAUGUUUUUGUGUCAACUGACCAGGGGUGCGCCACCUACAGUAUGGAUGAAUGAUCACAGAAAACUCAAGUAUAACAAUCAUUGUUUUUCAGAGAAAAUAAUGAAUGGACCUCGGACACUCCUGGUUUAGCGUGCGCGUGUGUGUGUGUGGGUGGGGAUAAAAACGAUUUGCGAAUACAAAGGCUGCUUGUCUGCCAUUUUGUAUGUAAAUUAUUUAUUUUUGUAGAUUCUGAGCUCUCCUGUCACACAAUUUAUACUGAAGCAAAAUAAUAAUAAAACAAAACACUGAAACACACAACAGCCUUCCGCUUUCUU